GCAUGAACUUCUUGAGGAAGCUCGGAGAAAGGGAUUACCUUUUGCCCAGUGGGAUGGGCCGACUGUGGUCGCAUGGCUAGAGCUUUGGUUGGGAAUGCCUGCGUGGUACGUUGCAGCCUGCCGAGCCAACGUGAAGAGUGGUGCCAUCAUGUCUGCUUUAUCUGACACUGAGAUCCAGAGAGAAAUUGGAAUCAGCAAUCCACUGCAUCGCUUAAAACUCCGAUUAGCAAUCCAGGAGAUGGUUUCCCUAACAAGUCCUUCCGCUCCUCCAACAUCUCGAACUGUGAGUCGGUUUGUGCUCCUCCCCUUCCCCAAUGCUGGGCAAAUAGCAGCGUGUCUAAGUCUACAGAGCAAAAUUGUGACAGCACACAUUUCAAUGUCAGCUUGAAUUAUUCUCAAGAGAUUUAGCUUGCUCUUUAUUAAACUUGCUGCUCUUUUUAAUAGGUUUUCAAAUGAGGAGCUGUGAUUCAUAUCAGACUUGAAAGCUAGCAUAGCAGACUUUUGAGCUAGCAUCUAAAGUUUACGUUUUUCUUCCAAGCAACAAG